AGAAGGGCGGUGCAAGCUCUCGCGAGAUUUCCUGAGUGGGGCGGACCGGGAGUUGCCGGGCGCUCUAGCCUAGAUGCUGGGUAGUUUGUGCCACUGGCUGCCAUUCUCAGACCGAGAGCAAUAGGAAACGUUUAUCGGUAAAAAGCGUGACGGGAGCGGCCGACAGCACUGCGCUUUGGCUUCCGAGUGGGGAAGGAAGAUAAGGCGGGUGUGGGUCUUCCAAGGCCUUCUUAACGAGUAAUCCAUGCUGCCGAGGUGCCAUUCACACAGAUGAACCAGGAGCUGAUAGGACAGUGCGAGCCCAGAUAGUUAGACGGCACGAUGCCGUCGACGAGUCGAGCCGGAAGUCUGAAGGACCCAGACGUAGCGGAGCUCUUUUUUAGAGAUGAUCCUGAGAAGCUUUUUACGGAUCUUCGAGAAAUUGGCCAUGGAAGCUUUGGAGCCGUUUAUUUUGCACACGAUGUGCGUACCAAUGAAGUGGUGGCCAUCAAGAAAAUGUCCUACAGUGGGAAGCAGUCAAAUGAGAAAUGGCAAGACAUCAUCAAAGAAGUCAAGUUUCUUCAAAGGAUACAACAUCCUAACAGUAUAGAGUACAAGGGCUGCUAUCUGAGAGAGCACACAGCAUGGCUUGUGAUGGAAUAUUGUCUAGGAUCUGCAUCUGACUUACUAGAAGUACACAAAAAACCGCUGCAAGAAAUUGAAAUAGCCGCGAUCACUCAUGGGGCUCUGCAGGGUCUAGCUUAUUUGCAUUCACAUAACUUGAUCCAUAGAGAUAUCAAGGCAGGUAAUAUCCUUCUCACAGAACCAGGCCAGGUAAAACUUGCUGACUUUGGAUCUGCUUCAAUAGCUUCUCCUGCCAAUUCCUUUGUGGGGACACCAUAUUGGAUGGCCCCAGAAGUAAUAUUAGCCAUGGAUGAAGGGCAGUAUGAUGGAAAAGUGGAUGUAUGGUCUCUGGGGAUCACUUGUAUUGAGCUUGCUGAAAGGAAGCCUCCAUUAUUUAAUAUGAAUGCAAUGAGUGCCUUAUACCACAUAGCGCAGAAUGACUCCCCUACUCUUCAGUCUAACGAAUGGUCUGACUACUUCCGGAACUUUGUAGAUUCAUGUCUUCAGAAAAUCCCUCAAGACAGGCCAACAUCAGAUGAACUGCUUAAGCACAUGUUUGUCCUGCGGGAGAGGCCUGAAACAGUGUUAAUUGACCUGAUCCAGAGGACAAAAGAUGCUGUUAGGGAGCUGGACAACCUCCAGUAUCGCAAGAUGAAGAAGCUGCUUUUCCAAGAGGCUCACAAUGGGCCCGCUGUGGAGACGCAGGAGGAGGAAGAGGAUCAAGAACAUGGCAUUGGCCGAUCAGGGACUGUCAAUAGCAUUGGUAGCAACCAGUCUAUUCCCAGCAUGUCUAUCAGCGCCAGUAGUCAAAGCAGCAGUGUGAACAGUCUUCCUGAUGCCUCGGAUGAUAAGAGUGAGCUGGACAUGAUGGAAGGAGAUCAUACCGUGAUGUCAAACAGCUCUGUCAUUCAUUUAAAGCCAGAGGAAGAAAGUUACCCAGAAGAGCCGGAACCUAGAACGCGGCCAUCAGAACCGCAGUCUCCUCCCCAAGUCUCUCGUCAUAAAUCUCACUAUCGCAACCGCGAACACUUUGCCACCAUACGCACAGCCUCUUUGGUGACGAGGCAGAUUCAGGAGCAUGAGCAGGAUUCUGAGUUGCGAGAGCAGAUGUCUGGCUACAAGCGCAUGAGGAGGCAACAUCAGAAGCAGCUCAUGGCAUUGGAGAACAAGCUUAAGGCAGAGAUGGAUGAGCAUCGUCUUCGCUUAGACAAAGAUCUAGAAACACAGAGAAACAACUUUGCCGCAGAAAUGGAAAAACUUAUUAAGAAACAUCAGGCGGCUAUGGAUAAAGAGCUAAAGCUGAUGACAAAUGAAGAGAAAAAAUUCCAGCAACAUAUCCAGGCGCAGCAAAAGAAAGAACUGAACAGUUUUUUAGAGUCACAAAAACGAGAAUAUAAACUUCGCAAGGAGCAGCUGAAAGAGGAGCUAAAUGAAAACCAGAGUACCCCAAAGAAAGAAAAACAGGAAUGGCUUUCCAAGCAGAAAGAGAAUUUCCAGCAUUACCAAGCUGAAGAAGAAGCUAAUCUCCUGCGACGACAAAGGCAAUACCUGGAGUUGGAGUGCCGCAGAUUUAAGAGGCGGAUGCUGCUUGGCAGGCACAACCUGGAGCAGGAUCUAGUGAGAGAGGAGCUCAACAAAAGGCAGACUCAAAAGGACUUAGAACAUGCAAUGCUCCUUCGACAGCACGAAUCCAUGCAAGAGCUGGAGUUCCGACACCUUAAUACUAUUCAGAGGAUGCGAUGUGAACUCAUAAAGCUGCAGCACCAAACAGAACUCACAAACCAGCUGGAAUACAAUAAGAGACGCGAGAGGGAGCUUAGGCGCAAGCAUGUCAUGGAGGUCCGACAGCAGCCCAAAAGCCUCAAGUCUAAAGAGUUACAGAUAAAGAAGCAGUUCCAGGACACAUGCAAAAUCCAAACACGCCAGUAUAAAGCUUUGAGGAAUCACCUCUUGGAGACCACACCAAAGAACGAACACAAGGCGGUGCUCAAACGGCUGAAAGAGGAGCAGACCCGCAAACUCGCGAUAUUGGCUGAGCAGUAUGAUCACAGCAUUAAUGAAAUGCUGUCUACGCAAGCACUGCGUCUGGAUGAGGCACAAGAAGCAGAGUGCCAAGUUCUGAAAAUGCAGCUGCAGCAGGAGCUGGAAUUACUAAAUGCCUAUCAAAGCAAAAUCAAGAUGCAGGCGGAGGCUCAGCACGAGCGCGAGCUGCGGGAACUGGAGCAGAGGGUUUCACUGCGCAGGGCCCUGCUGGAGCAAAAGAUUGAAGAAGAAAUGUUGGCUCUUCAAAAUGAGCGCACCGAACGGAUACGAAGUCUGUUGGAGCGCCAAGCACGGGAAAUUGAAGCGUUUGACUCUGAAAGCAUGAGGCUAGGCUUUAGCAAUAUGAUACUCUCUAAUCUCUCCCCCGAGGCGUUCAGCCACAGCUACCCGGGAGCUUCUGGCUGGUCCCAUAAUCCCACUGGUGGCUCUGGAUCUCAGUGGGGUCACCCCAUGGGAGGCCCACCUCAAGCCUGGGGUCACCCAAUGCAAGGUGGGCCCCAACCAUGGGGUCAUCCUUCAGGGUCCGUACAAGGUGUCCCCCGUGGCAGUACGAUGGGGGUCCGCAACAGCCCCCAGGCUCUGAGGCGGACAGCUUCUGGGGGACGGACAGAGCAGGGAAUGAGUAGGAGCACAAGUGUUACUUCACAGAUAUCCAAUGGUUCCCAUAUGUCUUACACAUAACUGCAAAAAGAACUUAUUGGCCAUUCCUUUUGACCAUUCAACGCAAACUGCCUACAGAUGUCCUCACAGCAGCUUUCUCAAUGGUACUGAGCAGCUGCAAAAAUAAGGCUUCCUACACAUGAUGUAUUUUAAUCAGUUUAUACAGGGUUACAUGUUUGUGUUAUCUAACGUAUGAUUGUAUUGGCUGCUGGGUUUCUAUCUGUAAAAGAUGGACGAGUGCUGGAAAUUAAAGCAUGUGAUGAGAGUGGCUUUCAGCAAA